AUGACGCGACGGCAGGCGACGGCGUCGGUGUCGGCGGCGACGGCGACGCGGGUAGCCGGCACUCCAGGGGCCGCGGUUUCUGCGGGCAGACUGCCGCCGCUGUUGGUCCUCGCCGCCGGACUCUUGCUCUCCGUGCCGAGCAGCUGCGGUGCUCAGAAGGUUCCCAUCGGUGCGAUCUUCGAGCAGGGCACAGAUGAGGUGCAGGACGCCUUCAAGUUCGCCGUCCUCACGCACAGCCAGAACGCCUCCUCUGGCCGUCGCUUCGAGCUGCAGGCGUUCGUCGACGUCAUCAACACCGCCGAUGCCUACAAGUUGUCCAGAAUUAUCUGCAGCCAGUUCUCUCGGGGCGUGUUCUCCCUGGUUGGAGCCGUCAGCCCGGACUCCUUCGACACGCUGCACUCUUACAGCAACACCUUCCAGAUGCCUUUCGUCACGCCUUGGUUCCCAGAGAACGUGCUGGCUCCAUCGUCGGGUCUGCUCGACUACGCCAUCAGCAUGCGACCCGACUACCACCAGGCCAUUAUUGACGUCGUCUGCCACUACGGCUGGAAGAGCGUCAUAUACCUGUACGAUUCCAACGAUGGUCUGCUGAGACUACAGCAGAUCUUCCAGAGCCUGCGUCCUGGCCGCGGGUCAUUCCACGUGGAGGCUGUGAAACGAGUCCAGAACACGUCAGAUGCCAUCGACUACCUGCACAGUUUGGAAGAGGUCAGCAGGUGGAGCAACAAGUACGUGAUACUGGACUGCCCGACAGAGAUGGCGAAGGAGAUCGUGGUGACGCACGUGCGCGACAUUACACUCGGCAAGAGGACCUACCACUACCUCCUGAGCGGGCUGAUAAUGGAUGACAGAUGGGAGAGCGAAGUCAUAGAGUACGGCGCCAUCAACAUCACGGGGUUUCGCAUCGUUGACUCAUCCAGAACUUACGUCCGCCAGUUUCUGGACAGCUGGCGGAAGUUCAACCAUAGCUCAUCAACUGCCGUAUCCCACGGAUACAUAUCGGCCCCGGCGGCGCUGAUGUACGACGCGGUGUUCGCGCUGGUGGAGGCGUUCAGCCGGCUGGUGCGGAAGAAGCAGGAGCUGCUGCGGCGCGGCGCGGCGCCCGCCGUCGAGUGUAACCUGGGCGGCGGCUUCGUCACGCACUGGGAGCACGGCGAGAAGAUCGCCCGCCUGCUGCGCAAGGUAGAAAUCGAGGGCCUCACUGGAGACAUCCGCUUCAGCGAGGAUGGCCGUCGCCGAAACUACACACUGCACGUCGUCGAGAUGACUGUCAACAGCGCCAUGGUCAAGGUGGCGGAGUGGUCGGACCAGACGGGCCUGUCGGAGGUGGCGGCCAAGUACGUGCGUCCCUGGCCCGGCUCCAGUAUAUACAGGAACAAGACGUACAUCGUCACCACCAUUGUGGAGGAACCAUACAUAAUCCUUCGGAAGCCAGAGGCUGGAGAGGUUCUCUCCGGCAACGACCGCUUCGAGGGGUACUGCAAGGACCUCGCUGAUCUGAUUGCCAAGAAGAUCGGCAUCAACUACGAGCUGCGGAUCGUGAAGGACGGCCAGUACGGCGCCGAGAACCCUGAAGUGGAGGGCGGAUGGGACGGCAUGGUGGGAGAGCUCGUCCGGAAGGAGGCGGACAUCGCCAUCGCAUCGAUGACGAUAACGUCGGAACGGGAGCGCGUGAUCGACUUCAGCAAGCCGUUCAUGUCUCUGGGCAUCAGCAUCAUGAUCAAGAAGCCGGUGAAGCAGAAACCGGGAGUGUUCAGCUUCCUGAACCCGCUCAGCAAGGAGAUCUGGGUGUGCGUCAUCUUCUCGUACGUGGGCGUCAGUAUCGUGCUGUUCAUCGUGUCGCGCUUCUCGCCGUACGAGUGGCGGCUGCUGCAGCCGGGCUCCGAGGAGGCGGCGGGGCUGGCCGUGGUGAGCGUGCCGGUGCCGGCGGCGUACGCGGACGGGGGCGGCGCCGGCGCGGCGGGCUGCGGCACGCUCGUCAACGACUUCAGCAUCCUCAACAGCCUCUGGUUCGCGCUGGGCGCGCUCAUGCGCCAAGGCUGCGACGUGUCGCCCAGGUCUGUCUCCGGGCGCAUCGUGGGCAGCGUGUGGUGGUUCUUCACGCUGAUCCUUCUGUCGUCCUACACGGCCAACCUGGCCGCCUUCCUCACGGUGGAGCGCAUGGUGGCGCCCAUCAACAGCCCUGAGGACCUGGCCUCGCAGACGGAGGUCGAGUACGGCACGCUCUACCACGGAUCCACCUGGGACUUUUUCAGGAGGUCGCAGAUCACGUUGUACAGCAAAAUGUGGGAGUUCAUGAACUCCCGCAAGCACGUGUUCGUGCGAACGUACGACGAGGGCAUCCGAAGAGUGCGUACGUCGAAAGGAAAGUACGCGCUGCUGAUCGAGUCUCCUAAGAACGACUACAUCAACGAGAGGGAGCCCUGCGACACCAUGAAGGUCGGCCGCAACCUGGACGCUAAGGGCUUCGGCAUCGCGACGCCACUGGGAUCGCCCUUAAGGGAUGAGAUUAAUUUGGCGGUAUUGUCGCUAAUAGAGAAUGGGGAGCUGACAAAACUGAAGAAUCGCUGGUGGUAUGACCGUACUGAAUGCAAGCAUGGCGACAAACAGGACACGUCCCGCAGCGAGCUUUCCUUGAGUAACGUUGCCGGCAUCUUCUACAUCUUGGUCAGUGGAUUGCUGCUCGCGAUGGCUGUAGCCCUGCUCGAAUUCUGCUACAAAUCGCACGUGGAGGCUUCCCGUGCCAAGAUUCCAUUAUCUGAUGCCUUCAGGGUGAAAGCGAGACUAACUGUUGGAGGAGGAAGAGAAUUUGAUAAUGGAAGAUAUUACACACCAGCCAAUCAGAUAAACUACCUUGACGAUGAAGAAUAUCAUACUAACACACAUACUCAAGUCUGAUGAUACUUGCUAAAUCGAGUAGCAGAUGAUCAUCUCUCAUUGCCUCCAGGAGCUCCAUACAGUGUGGAGCUGUGUUCGAUUCAACAAACAAACUUCAAGUGCACCUGAGGUACUUCAAGUACAAGCAAUGUACAAUGGGAAUUAGUUUUUCACAGUUUUUAAAAUAAAAUUUAGUGUUUUUGAUUGCUUGGUAACUAUAUUGUGCCCUUUUUGUGGGCACAUAGUGGAAUGUUCUCAAGAUAGUGAGUUAUGGUGCAAAAUUAAUACCUUGUGAUUCUGACAGCAUCUAAUAGUAAUUUAUGAGCUGCCACAAUAUGGAUCUCUAUGAAAAUGGGAAGAAAACUGCAUAAACUUACUACAGAAAUCAUAUGGUGCCACACUGCUCUCAAGCGAAAAAGCAAUAAAUUUCAUUUCGUUUGUCGUAUUCCCACUGUGACUUCUUUUGAUAAUAUACAAGUAUCAUAGUGUAUGAAUUUACUAAAAAAAUUUCAGUGUUACCAAUGUUAGUGUUUUUGUCUGCAUUAACAUACUGUAAAUCUCUGCCAGUGACUUAAUAAAAAUAAGCGUAUCUUUUAAUUCUUGGAGGAGUGAUAUAGCAGGUGAAGUGUAAUACUAUCAUAAAGCUCUGUAUGUUAUUUUAUUGUUGUCAUUGUUACACUUAAGUUUUUAUUGAUAGUCGAAUUCAUAAAAUGCAUUUCUAAAAAAAUUACAUAUGUGAUCAGUGUUACUUAUC